GUUGCUAGAAAGACUUUUGUUUGAACGUAGUCGAACAUUUUAAAAAAUUUUACAAUUAUAGAGAAAUCCAGAUGUCCCGCCGUUCAAUGAGUGUGUUAAACAGCGGAAAGGAGUCUGCCAAGAGCAGCAUGGAAAAGGACGAGAAGAACCGACUGGCCCACCUGGACGCCAUCAUCAAUCAGCUGAAGACCCAGACCCUCGGGAACCGGAGGGCGGGUAACUUGACCGAGGCCACCCUGGCCUACAUAUGCAGUACGUGUCGGGAGUUGUUCCUCACCCAGCCGAUGCUCCUGGAACUCAGUGCUCCGGUGAAGAUCUGCGGGGAUCUGCACGGUCAGUUCAAGGACCUCCUGAGGAUCUUUCAGCAGUGCGGCAUACCGCCGGCUUCCAACUACCUGUUUCUCGGGGACUAUGUGGAUCGGGGUCUGCACUCGAUAGAAACCCUGGCCCUGCUGCUGACGUACAAGCUCCGCUAUCCGGAGACCUUCUUUUUGCUGCGCGGAAAUCACGAAUCGGCGGAUGUCAAUAGGGUCUAUGGGUUUUUCGACGAGUGCAAGCGAAGGUAUAGCAUUAAGUUGUGGAGGUGCUUUGUGGACUGCUAUGACUGCAUGCCAGUGGCUGCCAUUGUGGCGGAUAGGAUCUUCUGUGUUCAUGGAGGCCUAAGUCCAGAUCUUAAUAAUCUGGAUGAUAUACGGCGCCUCCAUAGACCCACCGAAGUGCCUAGUGAUGGUUUACUAUGCGAUCUCCUCUGGUCGGAUCCGGAUGAGACCACUGGCACCUGGGCGGCCAAUGAUCGUGGAGUAAGCUACACCUUUGGAGCUGGAAUAGUGGAGGGCUUCCUGCUGCAUCACAAGUUCAACCUGAUCGUUCGCGCCCACCAGGUGGUGGAGGAUGGCUACGAGUUCUUCGCCGACCGCCAGUUGGUCACCAUCUUCUCGGCCCCCAACUACUGCAACAUCUUCGACAACAGCGGAGCCGUCCUCGUGGUGGACAACAAUCUGGUUUGCCACUUCGUUAUCAUCCGGCCGAGACCUGGGCUCCGGCCCACGGGAUUCGAGUCGGACAGUGGAUCCAGUGGUCCCGUCGGACCUCCACCCUCGGCCAAGGAAAAGAGAGGUUAAAAUAAAAAAUUUAUAAAAAAUAUUAAUAAA